AUGAACAUUCAAGGCGCGCUGGUCGUCGUACUAGUCGUGCCCACCACCCCGCCGCGUGACGCUCGCUCUCUCCUCCGCGACGGGCGACCAUUCGACCGCGACGAUGAUGAAGGAACCGACGCCGACGUCGACGGCUCCUCUAUCUUGUACCUCGUCUUUCAUCAAGCAGUACCCCGAACUGGACCCUCAAAACCACUGCGCGUCUUGGACCAGCACCUGCGCGAGAGCGGCGGCUCGUGUAGCCUCACUCAGGCGCUGCACGACCACUUUAACUCGACCACCAAUGGCCACAGCCACGGCUACGGCCACGGCACCGGCAAUGGUCUCAAUGGGCGCUCGAGUAGGAUCGCCACGCCCUUGAUGACCCUCCUCUCUCACCUGCUGGAUCAUUUGGCGCUCUCUGUGAGUUCGAGUUGGCUCGCUCGCGAUUCUCCCACCCCGACGCCGAGCGACUGCCGACUGAUUCCGAGCUGAACCUCUCUUUGCCUUGCUUGUGCAGACCCCGAACCUCCCCACCUCUCUCGACCGAGUUCACCUCAUCGCUCUUCGUUCGUUUCUCUGCCUCCUGCGCUGUCCAAGACGAACUCGAUCGAGGAUGAACACGGUCACCAUGCGUUGCCGACAACCCAGUUGAUGGGCAAGCUGUCAAUUGUCGUCGUCGAGGCCAAGAACCUGCGAGUCGAGUCGGGCAAGGAGAAGCCCUACGUCUUGUUGCAGGUGAGUAUACAUAUACUUGGUCCUAUACUCUAAUUCGUGCUCAUCAUGUUCCACGGUUUGGCACGCGCUGCACCUGCCUCCUUUAGUACGACCGAACGGACUCGGUCGGCCGAGAAUACGGAGCCCCACCACCGAACGCGAAGCCGCUGCUCGGCGUCCCGAAGCGUGGUGGGGGCAUCAACCGCCUCAACGGACAUCCUCAGGGCCUUGAUGGCAAGGGUCUUAACAGUGUACGACGCGUCGGGAGCAACAGCAACGGCUCUGACCCGUACGACCCAACUUCCCCCUCGGCGCGCGGCCUCCGAAGUUGA